UUCCAGACUGUGCAGUUUAUAUUUUUUUUUAUGUAUUUUGGGUAAAAUUUUUGCAGUAUAUGAAGGGGACUAGAAAACGGAACGUCCGCCAUUGGAGCUCGGAAUUGGAGAAAAUCGAGGUAAGUAGGGAUUUGCAGCUCCUUUUCUCACUCUCUCUCACUCUAAAAUACCCACCAUUUUUCUAUGUUACACUCUUCUCUCUCUCUCUGUCUCUCUCUACCCGUUUUUUAACUAUCCUUUUCAUCUCUCAAUAUUGUUUCCUUCUCUAUACAACUCCGACCUUCAUUUUUUUCGUUCGAUAUUAAACUCCAUUCUCUCUAUGUAUCCUCUAUUGGUUCUCUUUUAGCUAACAGUUGUCUCUUGGAUUUGCAGCCCCAUUCCUCAAUGUUCCUUUCUCUCUCUACAACACCCACCAUUGUUCAAUAAUUAAACUCCUCUCUCUCUCUCUCUCUCUUAAGUUUUGACUAUGGGUCCUUUAACUAUUCCCUUUUUUAAAUAUUAACCUCUCUCUCUGGAUUUGCGACCCCGUUUCUCUCUGUUCCUUUCUCUCUUUAGUCUUCAUUUGCAAUACCCACCCACAUUUUUUCUUUAUUUUAAUCUCCAUCUUAAGCUCCAUAAUCCCUCUCUUCUUUACUCCCUUUAACAGUCUUUAACUAUACAUAUAGCUCUCUCUCUAUCAUAGUUAUGGUGUUUCUCUCUCUACGUUACUCUUUAUUUGGGCCAUAUCUUGUUCUAGUUCACUACUUUAAUGCCAUUGUACUGGUUAAGCUUUAAGGGCCUCACUCACAUUGAUAAAGUAGCAUCUCUCUCAUUUCUUGUGCCUUGCCUCUCUGCGUUUCUCUCUCUUUUUCUAGGGUUUUCUAUUGCUUAGCUGGUGUUUUCUUUUUCUUUUUUUUUUCUUCUGAGAAUGUAUACGAUGGUAAAAGAAUAAACCCUUGCGGUAAGAAGUCAAUUGGAAUUGUUUGGAUCUUGAAACCCACAUGGUUUAGGGCUUUACAACUACAGAUGCCUUUCCCCAUAAUGCUGUUUUCCUUAUCUUUCUCUCUCUAAACACAUUGUAAGGGAGGGCCAAGCUUCUCCUUUUCUCUUACCUGCAUUGGAGUCUUGGAGAGAGAAAGUGGUUUUUCAAAUUGGGGUGAGCUCUUUUGUGUUUUUGAAGAGAUGGGUUCAUUAAUUGUGGGGUUCUCUCUGUGAUUUCUGCCAUCUAUGGGGCUGUAAGCUCCUGGGUUCUGGUUUUUUGAACUGGGUUUGUCCCUUGAGUUGUGCUCUGCGUAUUCCAGUGAGAGAAAAUGGCCCCAAGUUUAGAUUUUUCGGAGUGGUGGUCUCGAGAGGCUCGGAAGGGAACACCAGUGGUGGUGAAAAUGGAGAACCCCAAUUUUUCAGUACUGGAAAUUGACGACCCAGACGAGAGAUUUCCACAAGCUGAUAAAGAUAGAGGGAGGAACGCGAAGCAAUUCACUUGGGUUUUGUUGCUUAAAGCUCACAGAGCAGUGGGCUGUGUAGCUUGGAUGGCUACUGCUCUUUGGGCUCUUCUUGGGGUGGCCAAAAAGAGGUUAAUUUUCAGGCAAGGAGUAGCCGUGGAGCCUCAAAAACCACACAAAGGUCGUCUCUUACGAUUUAUCAGAGGUUUUCUUGUAAUGGCAUUGACAAUUCUGGUUUUUGAGGUGGUUGCCCAUCUUAAUGGCUGGCAUUUUCAGAGACCCAAUUUGCAUGUGCCUCGACCCUCCGAGAUCGAGGGUCUUCUCCAUUGGGUUUAUCUGUCAUGGUUGGAUUUCAGGGCCGACUACAUUGCUCCCCCAAUUCAAGCUCUUUCAAACUUCUGUGUCAUUCUUUUCCUAAUCCAAUCAGUUGAUCGAGUAAUUUUGUGUAUCGGGUGCUUCUGGAUCAAGUAUAAGAAGAUCAAGCCUACCUUUGAGGGUGAACCCUUCAAAUUGGAAGAUUCAGAGCAACCUGGUUCAGAGUAUCCUAUGGUUCUGGUUCAGAUUCCUAUGUGCAAUGAGAUGGAGGUUUUUGAGCAGUCUAUAUCGGCUGCCUGCCAACUUGAUUGGCCUAAAGACCGGGUUUUAAUUCAAGUGCUUGAUGACUCCAAUGAAGAAAGCAUUAUUGGAUUAAUCAGAGCCGAAGUUUCAAAGUGGAGCCAAAAGGGAAUUAACAUCGUUUACCGACAUCGCUUGGUUAGAACGGGGUAUAAAGCUGGUAAUCUCAAAUCAGCAAUGAGUUGUGACAAUGUCAAAGGCUAUGAAUUUGUUGCCAUUUUCGAUGCAGAUUUCCAGCCAUACCCUGAUUUCCUAAAGCAAACAAUUCCACAUUUCAAGAACAAUCCUGAACUUGGGUUGGUUCAGGCUCGUUGGGCUUUUGUGAACAAGGAUGAAAACUUGCUUACACGCCUCCAAAACAUCAACCUGUGCUUCCAUUUUGAGGUGGAGCAACAGGUUAAUGGUGUUUUCCUGAAUUUCUUUGGUUUUAAUGGGACAGCCGGUGUCUGGAGAAUCAAAGCUCUUGAGGACUCUGGAGGCUGGCUUGAAAGAACAACUGUCGAAGAUAUGGAUAUAGCUGUUCGUGCUCAUCUCAAUGGAUGGAAAUUCAUCUUCCUUAAUGAUGUCAAGGUCCUCUGUGAAGUCCCCGAGUCCUACGAAGCUUAUCGAAAGCAACAGCACCGAUGGCACUCUGGUCCAAUGCACCUUUUUCGCCUGUGUGUCCCGUCUAUAAUAACUUCCAAGAUAUCAGUUUGGAAGAAAGCAAAUUUAAUCAUGCUGUUUUUCCUUCUGAGGAAGCUGAUUCUUCCUUUUUAUUCCUUCACAUUGUUUUGUGUAAUUCUUCCCCUCACCAUGUUUGUCCCUGAGGCCGAGCUCCCAGUCUGGGUCAUAUGCUAUGUCCCUGUUUUGAUGUCAUUUCUUAACAUAUUACCAGCUCCAAGAUCCUUCCCUUUCAUUGUCCCUUACCUUCUCUUUGAAAACACAAUGUCAGUUACAAAAUUCAAUGCCAUGAUCUCUGGUCUUUUCCAAUUGGGAAGCUCCUAUGAAUGGGUUGUGACCAAGAAGGCAGGAAGGUCAUCAGAGUCUGAUCUUUUAGCAGUUGUAGAGAGAGAAAGCAAGGGAUUGAACCAUUCUCAAAUUCAUAGAGGGUCAUCAGAAAGUGAGCUUACAGAAUUGAACAAGUUGAAUGAACAAAAACAAAACCCACCAGUCAAGAAGAAGCUCAAUAAGCUCUAUAGGAAGGAGUUAGCUUUGGCUUUCUUACUCCUCACUGCCUCAGCAAGGAGCCUUUUAUCAGCUCAAGGUGUCCAUUUCUACUUUUUGCUAUUCCAAGGUGUGACUUUCCUCCUUGUGGGUCUGGACCUUAUUGGGGAGCAGAUGAGCUGAGAAAAAUAGGUUUUUAACUGUCACCCCAUGUCUUGAAGCUUUUGAUUUUCUCUCUGAAAGUACCCAAAUAAAUUUGUUGGGUUGGAAGAAGAGCGAAGUAAUUUUCUCAGAAUACCCACUUCAUUUGUCUAUGUUGCUCCUUUGAGCAAUGUAGAUUGGGCCUUGAGCCCUUUCGGUCUUUGUUAUAUAUAAGCAUUCUUAUCUGAAUUCAUGAUAGGUGUGGAUAGAAUCAGUCUUUAAUUCUUGCUUGGGUGUGCCAUCUUAUUGGUGUUCAGAUUGAACCCAUAUGUAUCAGAAAGUGUUGUUGAUGAGAGUAAAGAGAUGGGUUUUUAUUGCGCAAUUCAAUGGUUGGGAGGCCAGGGUCCCUCCCGACAGGUCAUACUGAGGUGUAAAAGAUUGUAUAUGUGAAUUGAAUUCAGUUGAUUUUAAAACUAUA